ACCAUUCAUUUUAUCAUAAUUAUGAGUAAUAUUGUGAUAAUCAAAAAGAAAUUUUAAUACACUAAACUUAUAAUAUCUUAGGAACAUUUGGUUUGGUCUCAACCAAUUUUUUUUUUAAAAAAAAUAAAUAUUCUGAGAAAAAUAUACAUAUUGGAUAAGGUUUUCUAACCGCAACAUCUUAUCAGAUUCACGUGAUUUUGAAAGCAAGCUAGUGUUGUCCAUCUGCACAAUUGGACCAAAUAUCCGUCGUAUGAAAAAAAAAACUCUUUCCCCUUUUUCUUCAUUUCAGUAGUUUUCCGCAGUAAUUUUGCGCAAGUUUAUUUUUUUUAGUUUCUAUUUGAAACACCCAAAGGGAAGAGGCCCUAAUAGGGCGCCUCGGGCAUAAGACGAGGUUUUAUUGUUCUUAUUACACCCAUACUCAAAGGGUUGGUUAUGUCUUAUUUUCCAAGAGCCGACGAUUUUGUUCUUGCACCCGGAUACGACUAUACGCCUGCUGGUCCUGAUGACUUCGUUUUCAACCACGAUACUUCACAAACAGUACCUCCUACUGAAGACAGUUUAUCAGAUACACCUUCAUCUCAUAACGACUUUGAUGAUAUUAGGCCCUUUUCCUCGCCUAACAAAAAUUAUAUUUUUUCUACAAAAUACGAAAAGUUCCACGUGACUCCACACCAUAGAGCCGGUUAUAACAAGAUUUACAAUUUUAGGCGUUCAAAAAGUUUCUUUUUUGAGCUGGUUGAUCAUUUACCAGACACCAAUCAACUUCAAGUGAAGAUUUACACAAAUGAUUAUCAUAUGUCCUCUAACCCAAUUAAUCAUGAUUCCACAAGCCGACUCCCUAAUUUCAAAUUUCAAAUAUCGAAACAGCUCACGCACUUUUUUUUAACACAAAAAGUUAUUCCUCGAAGAUUGCAAGAAAAAUUUUUUACACAUAUUCGUAAAAAACUAUUGGAGCGUUUGGAUUUUAUAAGAUCACGUGCCCAAAAAAAAGACAAAAAUAAUCACAUGACUAAAACUUUUUUUAAUUUUUCGUAUAAAAAAUAUAGAUUUUAUUUUGGAAUUUACCUCCCAUGUAAUCAUACUCACACAGUGGGUUUACUUCCCAAUACUAUUGCAACCUGCUCCAUUCCGGUCCCUUUUACAAUGUCACAUCAUCGUCAUGCCUGUAUCAUCCACCAUAAGAAUCUUGUUCUUUAUUCUAUCUCGAAGGAUAACAAAAUUCCUGACUUUAGUCGUUGCAAAACAUUCAAAGAUUUUCAUGCAUCUCGCCUCUACAACAGAUGGACCAAAAAGAAAUUACAUCAGAAUUUUUCGAACCGAUUGGGUAUCUCUUUCACCACAUCAUACCAUGCAUAUAACACUAAUGUCGUCGCUACGAAAGGACUUGAUUUUAUUUAUGGCAAAUCUUAUGGAAAUCUUCAAUUUACCCCCAGUUCAUCUCCAAAUGUAAAGAAAAGACAAGAAGCACGUUUUAACGCUUUGGUUAGGCACACUUUUCAUAACGCCAAGCUGGAUGAUAAUGCGCUAACGGAUGAUAAACUCCACGUUGCACGACGUCACAAAUUAUUAUUCCAAAAAAAUCAAAGUUUCAUCACUCCCAUUAAACACCUUCGAUACAAGAAAAAAUUUGUCAUACCAUCAAAAGAACAUUACACCUUUCCAAUCCCCGUUCAUAAACCAAGAACUGUAUCUGUACCCAUUUUGGUAGAACCGAUCUGCAACGAUAGCUCUGUCGCACCUAAACCAAUUGAGAAUGUUAUAUCCCCAGUCAAUAUAAACCAUUGGGAGAAUGUACCUGAACAUUAUAUUCCUUUAAUUCCUCCAUAUGCCAUUUAUGAAGGUGGCCGAUUGAAUCAACCUUCUCGUAUGAAAGUGUGGAAAAAGAAAUUACAACCACUUGCAGUCGGCAGUGAUGGCUGGCUAGCCUUCAUGAAAGAAAUUUAUGAUGAUCACAUAUCAACGACAAAAUACGAACAAGGAAAAAUUGAUGCCGGAAUACAAUGGGAUACUACUCCUGAUCAAGGCGAAUACAGGAAAGAUCUUUGCGAUCUUAUAAUAGAAGUCACUAACACUAAACAUGAUUAUGAGAUGAAAUUACUUGAAAUCUCAUCGGUAGUAACACCUGAAUUUCCAAUUUUAUCUGGACCUAUCAAGAAUAGCAAACGCAAAAAACGCGAAAAACGUCAAGUACAAAUAUUACGAGAAUUUGAACGGAAAAAACAGGAAGAUACCGAAAUCUUAGAAGACUUACGUUCUCAGGUUCUAAAUUAUGAUGACAUUUUUUACAUGAAUUAUUAUAGGAAUGAAUUCAGUUUGGCAUAUCAGCCUUGUGCUAUUAUGGAUGAUAGACCGUUUAAACGAAGUGCCAGUAAUAAUGGCAAUUUAGAUACUCACUAUGGUUAUCAUAUAGAUAAAAAGGUUUGCUUGGUAUCCGCCUCGAAGGAUUUAGGUAACAGUUCGUCUACUCGUACUACUUAAGUACUCGUUAGUCAUUUUUUAUAUAGGAAUUUACACAUAUAUUAGUUUCUUUUUGUACAUGCUUAUUAGCAUUUUAGUUCUUUUCCUUUAUGUUAGAUUUUUAACAACUUAAAAUAGUGUAAACCAUUCCACCUCUUACAGUAUUUACAGGUGGCAACCC